AUGGACCCUGAAGCCGGCAGCACCAUGGAGCUGGCGGCCCUCGGCCGACCGUUUGGCCUCGGCAUGCUGUACGACUGUCGCCAAGACUCACUGGUCCCUGUCCAGAGCUCAGAGGUGAACUGGGGGCCUCUGUCAGAUGCGACAUGCAGCGGCGUGCCGAAACGGGCCACCCAGGUGGAAAUGAAGGCCCGUGCCACCUCUGCCGCCAUCGUGGAAGCCAUCGGAACCACCUCCGGCCCUCUGGUGCUCCGGUCCACCAUAGUCAGGAGAAUUGAUGUAGGUGGUUGCAAACGUUUCAGUUAUGGAAAAUCUUCAACCAAACACAACCGUACCAUCAUGGUCCUCGGAGCCACUGGUGCUGGGAAGUCAACCCUCAUCAAUGGGAUGAUCAACUAUAUCCUCGGUGUUCAGUUUGAGGACUCAUAUCGAUUCAAGUUAGUUGAUGAAGAUGCGUCCAAAUCACAAGCUCACAGCCAGACCUCUGAGGUUACUGUGUACAAACUCAACCACCAAGAUGGAUUUAAAGUCCCCUUCUCCCUGACCAUUGUGGACACUCCAGGGUUUGGGGACACGAGAGGCAUAGACAGAGACAGGAAGAUAGUCGAGCAGCUGCGGAACCUCUUCUCUUCUGAUUCUGGAGUCACUGAAAUCGACGCCGUUUGCUUUGUAGCUCAGGCCUCCUUGGCACGUCUCACAGCCACUCAGAAAUAUGUGUUUGAUUCAGUGCUGUCAAUCUUUGGCAAAGAUGUGGCAGAAAACAUCAGGAUCCUGGUGACAUUUGCAGAUGGUCAACGUCCACCAGUCCUGGAGGCGAUCAAUGCUUCAGGUGUCCUAUGUCCCAAAUCCAAAGACGGGCUGCCGAUUCACUUCAAAUUCAAUAAUUCAGCUUUGUUUGCAGACAACAAGUCCUCAGCGGCCAACAACACAGAUGAUGAUGAUGAUGAUGGUGGUGAAGAUGGUGGUUUUGACAAGAUGUUCUGGGACAUGGGGGCAAAAAGCAUGAAGAGAUUCUUUAAUGCUCUGAACGUCAUAACCACCAAAAGCUUGACACUGACCCAGGAGGUGCUCAGAGAGCGGCAGCAGCUUGAAGUUUCAAUCGAAAAUCUGCAGACUCGGGUUAAACUGGGGUUAGCAAAGAUGGAGGAGAUAAAUGAAACAGAGAAACAGCUCAAAGACCACGAGGCAGAAAUCAGCAGAAACAAGAACUUUGAGUUCUACGUUCCUGUCAAGAAGCCCAAACAGGAGGAUAUCUCCGGAACUGGGCACUACAUCACCAACUGUCAGCAGUGUCAUUUCACCUGCCAUUACCCAUGUAUCUAUGCUGAUGACAAAGAUAAACAUCGCUGCAGUGCAAUGGGAUCAGAUGGACACUGCGAACAGUGUCCAGGCAAGUGCUACUGGAGUGUGCACUUCAACCAAAAGUACAAAUGGUCGUAUGAGGAGGUUCAAGAAAAACAAACCAUUGGUGAGCUGGAACAGAAGUACCGGAAAGCUAAAGGAGAGAAAAUAUCAGUUGAGGGGAUCAUUCAUGGCCUAAAGGCUGAUUACAGGCAGAUGCAGACUGAGGUGGGGAAACUGAUCUCCCGGUCUGCCAAAUGUCUGAACAGGCUGAAAGAGAUCGCGCUGAAGCCCAACCCUCUGUCCACUCCAGAGUACAUUGACAUGCUGAUUGAGGGAGAGAAAAGAGAAGGAAAACCUGGCUUUAAAGAACGAAUUAACGCUCUGAUGGCCAUGAAGGAGAAAGCAGAGUUCAUGACCAAGUUUGUAUCUAACUCCAAAGACAUAUGA